AUGCAUUUGUUUUCUCUGUUAGUCAUUACCACUCUCACCGUGACUGCAGCUACAGCUCUUGCAGAACAAAAGCAACAACCGUUGCUGGCACUAGACCGGACUACGAUAACUACUGCGAAGGAUAUUCUGACUCCUACGAUCGAUGAAUUCAUCGAGAAAACUCUUGCAGAUUGGAACUCUGCUGGAGGCGUCGGUAUUGCUGUCGUUCAAAAGAACGAAGAGGGGAGCUGGAACGUGGAGACAAAAGGAUACGGAAUAGCAAAAGUCGAUGGUAGCAAGGUCACAGAAAAUACACUGUUCUCUAUUGGUUCGAAUUCAAAGUUAUUCGACGUCAUAGCCACAGGUCUUUUAAUCUCCAAUGAGAGUCUUUCACCUCGAAUCUCUUGGAAUACCAAGAUCGCUUCUGUCAUACCCGAAUGGGAAUUGUCAGAUCCAGUGGCUUCUACAGAAAGCACUAUCAUCGACCUCAUGAGUCAUCGCACUGGCCUUCCUCGUCACGACAUUGCCUAUCAUGAAACUCAAUCCGCCCAAUCUCUGAUAUCAAAACUCAAAUACCUCAGACCUUCUGCUGAAUUCAGAGAUGUAUGGCAGUACAACAACAUCAUGUACACUGUACUCUCUUACAUCCCGGAUGUUCUUCUGCACGUUCCCUUUACACAAUAUGUCAGGAAACAUAUAUUCACCCCGCUAGGACUCAACGCUACCACAUACUCGGGCUCUGUAGCGGAAGAAAGUGGAAAUCUUGCUAAUGGGUUUGGACGGGAUGGAGUAAAUAAGUCGGAGGACGUCCUUGGAACAGGUACUCCUAGAGCGAUGCCGUUCUGGAAUUUUUAUGGAGGAGAUGAUGGAAAUAUUAUUUCAGGUGCAGGGGGCAUAAUAUCCAGUGCAAAAGAUGUGGCAACGUGGCUUCAAGUCCUCCUACUGCAAGGCAAAAAUCCUGUAACAAACGAGCAGGUCAUUCCUUCCUCGGUCAUUGAAAAGGUCGCUACUGGAGUUACACUCAUGAUGGGCACACCGUGA